AUGAAAAAUAAGGUUGUCAUAAUUUACUUUUUAGUAUACAUUACAUAUGUCAUAUUAGCUAAGUCAAAAAAUGACCUUAAAGUUACGAAGGCAUAUUUAAGAUAUGGAAAGAAUGAUCAAAAUAUUCAAAAUAGGAAACGAGAAAAAAGAACUCAUAUGUAUUUGAAUAACUCCAGUUUGUUGUCAUCAAAGAAUAAUAAUAUGAAUAAAACAUUUUUCAAAUAUAAUAAAUUUAUUGAUCAAAAUAAUGACAAAGAAUAUUUUAUGAAAACUUUUUUUAAAAAUGGGAAUAUAAUAAAAUUUAGAUAUACUCAUGAAUUGUGGGCAAAAAAAAAAGGAGUAGGAAGUAGUCGAAAUGGUAGAGAUAGUAAUCCAAAGAAUUUGGGAGUGAAAGUAUUAGGUAAUAAUUUUGCACAUGCUGGGAAUAUUAUAGUUAGACAAAGAGGACGUACUUUUAAACCUGGUAACGGAGUAAAACAAGGAAGAGAUUUUACACUAAUAGCUGUUAAAUCAGGAAAGGUCCAUUUUUUUAAUCGUGUUGUAAGUAUUAUUGAUGUUAGUGAACCGAAACCAUUGACGUUCAAGGAUAUAUAUCAAGAAAAUCCUACCAUUAUAGGUUUAUCAAAAAUGUGGAUGUCAGCUUGA